AUGAAGCUGCUUACAGCUCUCUCCGCAAUCUUCACCGCUGCUGCGGCUGCUCCGUCCCCCUUAACCACUCCAUCUAAACUUGAUGUCAAGCUCGAAGUUGUUGGCAACUCUGAAGUCAAAGCAACUAUUGCCAACAUAGGCAAGGACGAUGUCAGAAUCUUCAAGCCCGGCACGAUUCUCGACAAGUCAGCCAUCCAAAAGGUCAAGGUUGCCGCCAAUGGCCGUCACGUCCCAUUCUUGGGCAUUCGCAAGAGAAUUUCCACCAAGACGGUCCAGGACUCCUCCCUAGAACACAUUGCUGCCGGAAAAUCCAUCACCGUCACCUUUAACAUUGCCCAGACGUACGACCUCUCGACCGGUGGUCAAUUCAACAUCCACUCCAUCGGCUCCCUGUCCUAUGCCCAGGGCAAUGGCGACAACAAGCUGAUUGGCAACAUCCCGUACCACUCCAACGCCAUCGCCAUCAGCGUCAACGGCGACAAGGCUGCCAAAGAUCACGCCGCUUUCAACAACAAGAUGAAGCGCUCCAAGGUCCAAAGUGACUGCACCGGGCAGAAGCUGUCCGUCACGGAGACAGCUCUCCAAAACUGCGCCCAGCUUGCCUCAGCUGCUGGCCAAGCGGCUACCUCGGGCUCGGCGCAGAAGAUGGAGGAGUACUUCAAGGCCUCGGAUGACCAGACUCGACAGACUGUCGCUGACGUCUUUGGCAGAGUUGAGCAGGAAUGUGGCUCCACGAGCUCCGGCGUGGCCGAUUACUACUGCACUGACGUGGGCAAUGACUGCAGCGGCAACGUGCUGGCGUAUACUGUUCCCAGUCAAAGCUACAUGGUCUAUUGUGAUUUGUAUUUUGAUGAUCUCCCGCCCGUCACCUCGUCCUGCCACGCCCAGGACCAGGCCACUACCAAUAUCCACGAGGACACGCACUUGACUCAGAUUCAGGGCACCGACGAUCUGGGAUAUGGCUAUGACGCUAUUCAGGGUCUGUCUGCGGAUCAGGAGCUCAACAAUGCUGAUACUUUUGCUUUGUUUGCCAAUGCCAUUUACGCCAACUGUUAG